AUGACUCAUAAUCACUCACUGACACGCAACAUCUUUGCUAGCAAUCUAGAAGAUACGAUAACAAGCGGUAAUAUAAUCUCAGAUCUAACUGAUCACUUUUCUCAAUUUUGUAUUCUUAACUCUUCUAAUAACCUCUUUGACCUCCAAAGUACGAAAAUGCUAGUCCGUGACUUCUCUAAUUAUUCAGAGGCAAAAUUCUUAAACGAACUGUCCCAACUUGACCUAACUGGCGCAGUCUCAGGACUGAAUGAUGUAAAGAAAUCUUUUUCUGUGUUUUACAAUAAACUGAAGAAACCUCUCAAUAAGCACGCACCUUUUAAGCCAAUAUCAAAACGUAAGAAAAAGAGAUUAUUAAAA